GUAGUGUCAUGUGACUAUCGGAAGUUACGAAGCUGUGCGGAAGCUGUUCGCGUCGUCUUGAGUUUGUCUGGUGUUGUUUGUAACUGCAUUAAAACUGUACGGAACAUAUUUAUUUCUAAACAGCCGACAUGGUUGUUUCAGAAGGAGACGAGUCUUGCCUUUCACUGGAUGAAAAGCUGCUUCGUUUUAUGGACCAGCUCGAGUUACUGGAGGAGAAACGAAACGCUCUGAACUCACUCAUCGAGCAGGGAUGGUUUUCCAUUAGCAAGGCGCGCUAUUCUAUGGGAAACAAACAGGUUUCAACUCUUCAAUUUGCAAACGAGAUGAAGCCACUGGUUUCUGUGCAUGUGAGAACCUUGGAGGACGAUGAGGUGGAAUUUUGCACUGAAAGAUCUUCACAAAAGUGCAACGAUAAAUCUAUCAAAGACCCAACAUCAAUAGAGGAUAUUGGACCUCAAGAAAAAGGUAUCAGGCAAAGAAAAAAACCAAAACACAAUAACACAGGAAAAAAAACAAGUGAGGAUAAAGGCAGUGAGAAAGUUCCCGAGGUAAACCCAGUUGGGAAAAGAGACCAUAAUCCUCAGCAGGACCCACUAAAGUGGUUUGGGAUUUUGGUGCCACAGUCUCUGAAACAAGCACAGUCAUCAUUCAAACAAGUCGUAGACCUUUCAGCUGAGAUUGCAGGACUCCAGAUUGCGGUGUUAAACACCAGAAAGGAGCUGAAGGAUGACUUGAGAAACCACGACCGCUCUGCUGGUGCUAACCUAAAUGGGUCUGCUGGAUCAAAGCAGAAGGAAGCAGACGUUCCUUCAGCAAAUGAGAGUUAGGAGGUCAGACUGUCAGAAUCAGAUUAUCAGAAAGGUUCUUGCUGGAAUUAAAGGUGGAACAGUUCCUGCUUCAUGAAUUAUUGUUAGUCAAUUUUCUCCACUUUUCCCUGUUUUUGCUGCUAAAUAUGUAACUUAUUUCUGUUCGUAAAUAAAUGUAUGAGUUUGUAACAGAAAAAAAAUUCUGAAUGUUAGGAAGAUUUGUGAACAGUCCAAAAAAUUAUCACAACUUUAAUAAAUGUAGAAUCAACUAAA